ACCAAGACCAAGCCAACCUUGCAAGUUGCAAUUACUCCGGGUAAGCAUUUGAGGCUAUACGGAUGCAAGAACAACUCGAGCUGUAAAGUCCAAAGUCGUCGUCGUCCCCUACGUCCCCUUCAUACUUUCAUCAGAGCUUAGCCAAUCCCCCCGAGUCCCAAUCAGCUGGGCGAUCGAUCAUGGCCGCCACUGCCAUCCUGCUUCUUCUCUUCGCGGCGGCGGCUCCACGGCUCUCCGGCGCGACGGAGUACACGGUGGGCGACUCCGACGGGUGGACCAUCGGCCCGAGCUACCUCGCCUGGUCGCAGAAGUACAACUUCACCGCCGGCGACACGCUAGUGUUCAACUACGUGCCGCGGCAGCACGACGUGCGCGAGGUGACGCAGGACGCGUACCGGACGUGCGAGCCGGCGGCGAACCAGACGGUGCGCGCGUGGGCUUCGGGCCGCGACCUCGUCGACCUCGCGGCGCCGGGGGACUACUACUUCGUCUGCAACGUCACCGGCCACUGCCUCGGCGGCAUGAAGUUCUCCGUCGCCGUGGCGGCGCCGUCGCCUCCCCCUCCUCCGCCGCCGCGGGCCUUCCCUACACCCGCGCCGCCGCCGCCGUCCUCGAGCUCCGCCGGCGCGUGGCCGGACGUGGGGGGAGUCUCCGGCCUCGCGAUCGGGAUGUGGAUUGCCUCCUUGUUGUCGUCGUGAUGUUGAUGAUGUGGAUCAGAUCAUCAGAGCGAGCGUUGACUUUGAUAAUUGUGUUCCACUCGUCUGGAAACAAGUUGCGGAUCGCUAUUUUUUCUGUUUUUUCUGGGUUUGAUCUUGAUUGUUCAGAAACUCGGAAACUCAAGGUUUACUGUUGGAGGUAGCUUUGCCACCAUGUAUACUGACCUGACUGUUCAUAUGUCAAGAAUUCAAGAUCAGGCCGCGAAACAAA